AUGAUUGCCAGCAUGGACUUGAAUGCCUCGCCACAGCCAGAAGAAGAUGAAGAAACUUUUGUACCACAUUUUGAAGAAGAUAAUGCCCCAGAGGAACAUAUUGAACAUAUAGAGACUGGAGCUGAUAUUGCCCGUCGGGAGCGUGAGGAAAGACGUCAGCGUCUACGAAGAGGACGCGAGGAUGGGAGACCAACUUUACAUGAUGGGAUGUUCCAAACAAAAAAGCAAAGAUCUCAUGAUAGACUUCCGCCAGGUUGGUUGGAUUGUCCUGCAUUUGGUCAGGAAGUCGGUUGUAUUAUUCCUUCAAAAGUUCCACUUGAUGAAUCCUUCAAUGACUAUGUUGUCCCUGGUAAAAGAUACUCGUUCAGGCAAGUGAUUCAUCAACAGAGAGUUUUAGGAAGAAAGCUUGGCUUGGUGAUCGAUCUUACAAACACUACUCGUUACUAUUCUAUCGCAGAUUGGAAGAAAGACGGUAUAAAGCAUGUUAAGAUUUGUUGCAGGGGGCGUGAUUCUGUACCUGAUAACGAGUCUGUAAAUCAAUUUGUUUAUGAAGUUUCACAAUUUCUUGCCCGACAGAGACCGCCAAAAAAGUAUAUUCUUGUUCAUUGCACCCAUGGACAUAACCGAACUGGCUAUAUGAUUGUUCAUUAUCUUAUGCGUACAACAUCAAUAUCUGUCACUCAGGCAAUAAAAAUCUUUGCUGAAGCACGUCCGCCAGGGAUAUACAAACCGGAUUAUAUUGAUGCUUUGUACACCUUUUAUCAUGAAAAGAAGCCUGACGGAGACAUUUGCCCUGCAAUUCCGGACUGGAAAAGGUCAUCUGAACUUGAUCUGAAUGGUGAUGCAAUUCCGGAUGACGAUGAUGACGGAGGUUCUGCUGCUCCUGUGCAUGAGAAUCAUGAGAAAGAUGUAGUAAUGACAAAUGAUGACAUUUUGGGAGAUGGUAUCCCUCUGGAUCAGCAAGAUGUAUUCCGGCAGUUCUGCUAUCAGUCACUGAAGUUGGGUGUGGGGGCAAGAGGAAACUCUCAAUUUCCUGGGUCACACCCGGUUUCUCUUAACAGCAUGGACUUGAAUGCCUCGCCACAGCCAGAAGAAGAUGAAGAAACUUUUGUACCACAUUUUGAAGAAGAUAAUGCCCCAGAGGAACAUAUUGAACAUAUAGAGACUGGAGCUGAUAUUGCCCGUCGGGAGCGUGAGGAAAGACGUCAGCGUCUACGAAGAGGACGCGAGGAUGGGAGACCAACUUUACAUGAUGGGAUGUUCCAAACAAAAAAGCAAAGAUCUCAUGAUAGACUUCCGCCAGGCAAUUUUUGUUGGUUGGAUUGUCCUGCAUUUGGUCAGGAAGUCGGUUGUAUUAUUCCUUCAAAAGUUCCACUUGAUGAAUCCUUCAAUGACUAUGUUGUCCCUGGUAAAAGAUACUCGUUCAGGCAAGUGAUUCAUCAACAGAGAGUUUUAGGAAGAAAGGUGAUUCACUGGAAGAGCCAUAAAAGACUUGGCUUGGUGAUCGAUCUUACAAACACUACUCGUUACUAUUCUAUCGCAGAUUGGAAGAAAGACGGUAUAAAGCAUGUUAAGAUUUGUUGCAGGGGGCGUGAUUCUGUACCUGAUAACGAGUCUGUAAAUCAAUUUGUUUAUGAAGUAAGUUCUCCGUUGGCACGCCCACAUUACUUUUGUGCUUUUUGUAGCAUUAGUUGUGUAGGGGGAAAUAACAUGUCAGUGUUACAUGACAUUGUACCUAAACGAGUCCUUAAUGCACUAGUUCCUCAUAUUUGUCGUAGUUCAUGGGUUUCACAAUUUCUUGCCCGACAGAGACCGCCAAAAAAGUAUAUUCUUGUUCAUUGCACCCAUGGACAUAACCGAACUGGCUAUAUGAUUGUUCAUUAUCUUAUGCGUACAACAUCAAUAUCUGUCACUCAGGCAAUAAAAAUCUUUGCUGAAGCACGUCCGCCAGGGAUAUACAAACCGGAUUAUAUUGAUGCUUUGUACACCUUUUAUCAUGAAAAGAAGCCUGACGGAGACAUUUGCCCUGCAAUUCCGGACUGGAAAAGGUCAUCUGAACUUGAUCUGAAUGGUGAUGCAAUUCCGGAUGACGAUGAUGACGGAGGUUCUGCUGCUCCUGUGCAUGAGAAUCAUGAGAAAGAUGUAGUAAUGACAAAUGAUGACAUUUUGGGAGAUGGUAUCCCUCUGGAUCAGCAAGAUGUAUUCCGGCAGUUCUGCUAUCAGUCACUGAAGUUGGGUGUGGGGGCAAGAGGAAACUCUCAAUUUCCUGGGUCACACCCGGUUUCUCUUAACAGGGACAAUCUACAACUGCUAAGGCAGCGAUACUAUUACGCCACGUGGAAAGCUGAUGGUACACGAUAUAUGAUGCUAAUUACUAUGGAUGGGUGCUACUUGAUCGAUAGGCAUUUCACUUUCCGAAGGGUCCAGAUGAGGUUUCCUUGCAGACACACUAGUGAAGGCUUAGCUGAGAAGACUCACCACUUUACGCUUCUUGAUGGGGAGAUGAUAAUUGAUACCCUUCCAGAAUCGCAGAAGCAAGAAAGAAGAUACCUUAUAUAUGAUCUGAUUGUAAUUAAUCAAGUCUCUAUCAUAGAGAUGAAGUUGAUUCCAAGCAGGAAUCUUGGAAUCGACUAG